AAUGGUUAAUGGUUGAUUAUUUUGACAGGACCCCUUCCGAAUGAAAUUAAGUUAGACAAUUUGUAUCAAAAAUUCACUAUUCUUUUGCAAUAGUAAAAAGAAUACUAAAAUUCUAAUAGGAUAGACAUAUUUCUGAUAUCUGUGAAUGCUUCAUACAAAAUACUGAAUAACAUUUCUGAAAAAUUUUCGUAUUCGGCGUCCAUGUGAAAUUGUUCGAGUUUUCGCAAAUGCAGGGCAUUUCAGUGAAGAUGAACGUUUUGAAGAAAAACCUCUAAUACAAACAUGGUGAAAAUACGUAAAUAGAUGUAGUGAAAAUUGUGUUACAAUAACUAUGUUUCUGAAAAGUGAGUGAGUGUUGUAGACUCCAAAAAAAUGGGGACCCAAACCGCUACUGAAAGUGAAUUUAAUGUAUUACAAUUCGAAAAGCAGCUAACGACUCUGAAAGACUCCCAAGAGGCCAUAAACACAUGUUGUCAGUGGUGUCUUCAAAACAGAGCGCACCAUAAAAAAAUAGUUAAUGCUUGGCUCAAUGUUUUGAAGCGUGUUAAGGUUGAACAGAGACUCAUUUUGUUUUAUUUAGCCAAUGAUGUCGUUCAGUACUCCAAAAGGAGGAACUAUCCGUUCGUGGAAAGCUGGGGAAUUGCUCUGCAGAAAGCGACAACUAUGGUUAGGGACGAGAAAGUUAAACACAAAAUUCUCAGGAUAUUCAAAAUCUGGGAACAGAGAAAUGUUUACAACGAGGAAUUCAUUUCAGAUUUAUGUGGGCUUCUCAGUGUUUUACCAAGUGCACCAAAAAGUGAUGAACCACACGAAUUUCAGCCAAACUAUGUAAUCAACAAAAUAAAAACAUGUUCCAAACUGGAAAAAGACACAGACAUCAAGCUCAAGCUGCUGAAGGAACACAAUCCCAAAAUUCAGAUUGAUGACGGACUAACAACGUCCUUGAAAGAUCGAGCCAAUGUAGAUGAUGUUGAAAAAGAAAUUGAAGUCUACAUAAAACACAUGGAGGACUACAUCAACGCAUUGAAACUGGAGAUCAAAAAUAGGAUAACGUUGAUAAGCGUGUUGAAGCAGGCAGAAACGCAGUUGGAAGCUGAUCGAAAAGACGUCAAAGUUGUUGCAAAUGCAUACAAAAUGUUUGGUACCAGGGUGAAAACCUUCCAAAGGAAGUUGGAGGAGCAUAAAGAGACAUUGAGUAGUCCGAUACCUUCGCCUGACGUAAAUGCCCCCUCUCCUAGUCCGGAUUCUGAUAUUGAUUUACCUGAAGAGGAAGUAUCUGAGGUGAUAGCUCCGAAAGAAGCUGCAAUUGCUGAAUAUAACCCUAAAGCUGAGUUGCAGUUCAGUGCAGGGUAUUAUACCCCUGUUCCAACUGAAAAGGAAACGUCAUGCGGCUUUAUUACUAAUGGCACUUCCAGUUUUAUUGGCUCUAACUUCAAUUUGGAGAACUUCCAAAACAAUCUCUUUGGCAACACGCAACCUGUCUCCUCCAGCCUUCCGCAGUCGGAGAAUAGCUACGCGACUACGCCUGUACAGAAUCCUCCUCUGCCGGUGGCUGCCCCAGUAACAGCCCCAUUGCAAUCCUCAACUUACGGCUAUGGAUCUAGUCACAUGCCAUUGAUGCCGCCUCCCAUGCCGCCGUUCGGUAAACCGGAAGGGGAAUACGUGACUGCUGCUUACAGUUAUACCACCACCGCGUCAACGACGACGUACGAUAACUCUUACACUUCUGCUACAACUACUGCAUACGAAACUACGUUGGAGUAUUCUGCCACAGCUGAUAAAGCCACCUUCCAAGAGGAGUCCUUUGAACCACCUCUAGGCGCUAAUCCUUAUCCUCCCAGCGAAGAAUACAAUCCUGAAGAGGACGUCUCGACUUGGGAGCCCGACCCCAGUUGGAAUGGUGGUGCGUCAGUUAUUCCCGACACAGAUACACCGGAGAGUCCCCCGAUGUUCGAAAAAGAAGGUUACAGUGAUCCCGUCGAGUAUCACGACACAUUAAUACCGAGUGGAGCAGUUGAUGUAGACCACAGGGUCGUUCCUGGUUUGUCAGGCGAUUUAGUAGAAGAUUCUUUGGGAAGCCUCGGAGGAAAAGACGUCGACCACAGGAAUUUGAUUAGCUUGACAGGGUCUCCUGGGAAUUCCAGCUCUAACAAUCCGACCAAUACAGCAACUGAUUCGGCUUGGAAUCAAACGGAUCAAGACUAUAGGAUUCCUCCCGCCGCUUCCGGCCAAGCAGCACCGCCUUCGGCCACUACCAGCGACCGGGACUACCGUCUCAGCUUCAACAUCGAGCAGCUGAAGCUGCCGCCCCCUCCACCUCCGCCUCCGAAGACGCUCGACGAGACCGCCUCCGCAACCGCCUCCAGGUUACCGGCGCCGUUCCCUGUAGAAUCGGAAUCCUCGCUCACUGAGUACAGGACGACCACUGGAUCGCCGUCUCGCAGGAACGACAGCACCGAGGACAUGGACAUGGAUAUGAGCGAUGACGAGGGGCGGCAUAAGAACAACCUCAAGAUCAUCGUGGACGCAUCCAUUGACCAGUCGUACUCGCUGGAGCCUCCCCCUCCUUUGCCCAACUUACCCGACGACGAGGACGCCAACAACUUCCUCGACGACCUCAGCAACGACCUGCAUGAGUUCAGCAACCUUUCCGACGACAACUCCAACACGAACAUGGUCGAAUCGAUCAUGUCCGAUCCGAACGUCAUGAACCAGGAUCACCAGCAGCAGCAGCAGUGGGACCACGGCCCGCUGAUGCCGCCACCGCCGAUGAUGACGUUCAACGACAUGGUCAGCCCGCCGAUGAUGCCGCCGCAGCACAUGAACACCUCGAUCCCGCCUCCGCCGAGGCCAGGUAACAUCCUAAUGAGCUCCCCUCCAAUGAUGAAUCCGCCUCCUCCCAUGAAUCAACCACCAGCUAUGACUCAUCCGCCAGCCAUGCCUCUCCCGCCUCCUCCCCAACCUUGGAUGACGGAAGAUGAGCCCCCGAUGGAACCGCAUCACUACUCGAAUGACUUGGACGGCGACAGGCAGUGGAUGAAUGACAAAUAUCAGGAGGAGGAGAACUGGGACCAGCCCGCCCAUCAGGACUAUGGACACGAUUCGAACUGGGACAACCAGGAGAUGCAUCCACCAAACGAGUGGCUCGGCCCCCCACCCCUCAAUAACAAUUUUGGGCCGUUCAGGGGGAGGGGGAAUAACUGGGGCAAUUUCGUGAAGAGGG